AUGUGAUUUAGUGAAGGUUAUAUAUCAAUGAAACCAUUUGACUCAGAUGAAGAGGAGGCAGAGCAGCUGGGCACCAAGGAGAAGGAGCUGAGACAGCGGGCCAACCAGAGCAUCCAACAGCUGAGCAGUGCUCUGGAGCAGCUGAACGCUGAUGGAGAGGACGUCCGAGCUGGUCCAGCUAACUUCCUCACAAUGGCGGCUGAAGAGGACACGGCAGCGUGGAGUCACAAGACGCAGAGUGAAGCAGUUAACCAGCUGAAGAGCCUCCUUCUGAAGCAAUGCAGAGAAAUCCCCACCCCUCUCUCUCCUUCAGAGAAGCGAUCUCCUUCCAAGAGAGUGCAGCAGGAAGGCAGGCCCAGUUUGCCUGCCCUUCAGGACCUGGUUCCACUGAGUUAUGAUCAGUCUGAGUACAUCCAGCACCUAGAAGCUGAAGUAAAGUUCUGCAAGGAGGAGUUGCAAGGACUGAAACACCGGAUUAGAGUGGUGGUGGUGGAAAAUGAGAAGCUGCAGUCUGAACUCAAAUCCAAGGUGCACAGCAGCAGCUUGAUAGCCUCAAAAACAGAUCACAACACAUGGAGAAAUGAUCUGGAGCAGUUAAAAGGGAUCCACCAGGCCCAGAUUGAAAGCUUGGAGGCUCAGGUCAUCUCUCUCAGAACGGAUCUGUCAGUGAGUCAGAAGGAGUGUGAGGAGGUGAAGGUUCGUCUUAGACACAAAGAGAAGCAGGUUGCAGAAGCAUUACCGGCUGAUGGAGCUCCCCGUGUGGCCGGGUUGUGUCUGCAGUGUGCGCAGCAUGAAGCAGUGUUGGCUGGAACUCAUGCAAACCUGCAUGUGCAGGCUAUUGACAGGCUCACAAAGGAACGGGAUGAAUUACUGGCAGCUCUAUGCGCAGUGCGGGUGAGUCAACAGGAGGCCCAACAGAGGGAGUGGUCAGCUUGUCUCCAGGUCAAACAGGCUGUGGAGAUGGCAGAAGAAGCUAAUCUACAAAAAGCUAGGGUGGAGGUGCGAUGUGAGCAGUUAUCCAGGGAGCUGUUACGGCAGAGGGAGCAGCUGGACAGAGAAACACAUGCAAUGCAGGCCAAGAUGACAGAGGCCAGAGAGGAGGGCCGGGCGGAAACACGCAAACAAAAAGAAGAGCUAGCACAAAUGGCGUCCAGCCUUUCUCAGCGUGUAGCCGAGCUGGAAGGACAGCUAGACCGAGCUCACAGAGACAGGAGUUCACUGACCAAUCAGCUGGAGGACACGCUCAGCAAGCUAACCUAUCAGGAGCAAGACAACGCCAAGGUGUGUAUGGAUCUGCGAUAUCAGCUGAGUAAUGCCAACCUGAAAAAAGAGGAGGCUGAGAGAGAACGUAGAGAGCUGAAGGCCAAGACGAGCAGAGAGAAGGAGAAAGCAUCACAGGAAGUGGAAAGUCUGAGCUCAGAGCUGGUUUGCUGUCGGCAGCGUUUGGAGGUGGCCCAAAGGGUUGGGAGCCAAUGGCAGACCAAAGCCCUGAGCCUAGAGGAACAGCUGGCAAAUGCCCAGCACCAACUGCACCUCACCAGACAGGACGGGGAGAGUGCGGAGCGGGCUUAUGCCGAGGAAAUAGCUUCUGUGACCCUUUCAGCGCAGGAACGGGAGAAGAAGCUGGCUGUCAUGCUGCAGAAAAUGGAGGCUGAACACCUGCAGAGAGUUGGAGAUAUGGAGAAUCUCAUGGGUUCCCAGAAUUCCCUUAACAGGAAGCUCAAAGAGGAAUGCUGCAAACUUGGGGCCAAACUGGGACAGUUGUCUCAUCAUAGCAGAAGUGAGCUGGAGCAGCUGACUCUGGAGAAGCAGCACUUAGAGGACACGGUGAAGCGUCUGAGAGCCCGCUGCUCAGAAAUGGAGGAACAGUGUGUCCAGCAUGGACGCAUGCACCAGCGCAUGAAGGACAGGCUGCAGCAGUUGGACCGGCACUGUCAGAGCAGCGCCCAGCAGGUGUGUGAGCUUCUGGCCAAACAGAGCCAGCUGAUACAGGAAAGAAACGUGCUCAGCGUCGAGAUGCAGAACCUACGUGUCGAGAUACCAAACAUGAGACAUGAACCACUGAGCACAUGAAUCCAUCGGUUCUGGUUCCUCCUCUCCGGUCUUCCAGUCCGGAUGUUACAUCUGUUCAACAUGUUUCUAAUCUAUUCCCUAUCAGGAUCGCCUUUUAUGUUACUUUCACUGUGAAUGAUGUGUUUAAUGUUGGAGGUACUGAACACUAUGGAGCUUAACAACAGUAAAAACCAGAACAAAACAUCUUGUUCUGUUUAGAGGGUUUUGGCUUAUCCCUUCGGCCUGUGGAGUUAAUCAAACCUGUAUUUCUGUUUCCGCGUCCUUGUUUGCUUCAGCGAUAUGAAAAAAAUUUGAAAAAUGAACCUUUACAACAACGUUCACAACGAAAGAAUAGUAGUGAAGAGAGACAGUCUUGUUCGCUGCAGCUGCCGGUCUCUGUCUUCUUUAGACAAACUAGUGCUGGAGAGACCUGACAGAGUGCAGCUUAGUCCUUAAAAUGAUGUCUGGGUUUAUGAAGCAGGAGGAACACCUUUCUGUAAGUUUAAUGCACACUAUUCACUGCAACUUCCAGAAAACAUGUCACGAGCUGAAUCAUCAGUCGUAUCAAAACUGAGAGGGGAGCUAGCAUUAGCUGGCCUGCGCAAAGAUCCUCAGUAGAGGCGAGAUGUAAUUACUUUGGACUUUUUAGCUACAUUUGCAGAAUCGUGUACUCCUCUGCAAUCACAGAGUUACAACCACGAUCACGUGGUUUAAUUUUACUAAAGAACAGUAAAACAUGUUUCAAUUUAAGUAGAGAAUAAUCGACCAUAAAAUAUGGAAUUCUGAAACCUAAAUAUCUAAAAAGUUCACAACAAAAAACAUUUUUUCCUAGGUGCAAUAAUUACACGGAGGAAUUGAAGCGGUGCAGUCUUCAUUCUCAGAAGCAAGGCUGAGAUGAGGGUCCAUUUCUAAUGUUAUUUAUUCUGAUAACUCUAAAUGUUAUUCCAUUCGUAGUAUAUCUGUGUAAACCACAUGCUUUUAUAUCUGAAUGAAUCAGUGCAUUAUCCCAUCCUCUAACGAUCCGCAGGAUCCCGUAUUGACUGGCAAACAUUACUGCAAUAUGGUUCAUCCGGUCAGAUGUUCUUAAACAUUUUAGGAACACCUCAUCGGGUCAGAACCUCAAGUUGGGGGUCCAUUCAUUUUCUGCUCCACCUGUGUCCCUUGCACCAAAAACCGCCCCUUAACGACUGUCGACGUUUUAUUGUAUGUCAUUAAUUCAGGCCUCAUCGUACAUAAUCACACUUAUUAAAUAUUUAACCCUUUAAAUGUCAGUUUCAGAUAUUAAAGGCUCCCUGUUUGCAAACUGGUAGAAUAACAUGAACACGAAUAUUUACCUUCACCUGGUGAAAAAUACAAUAUUAAAUUUUGAGGGACUUUUAAAACCAGUGAUUGAAAAUGAAAUGAACAUAGAAACAAAAUUGCAAAAGUUGUGUAUUAAAAAAAAAAAUCAUUUUAAAUGGAGUCGGAACACAAACGGGACACAGAUUGCCUUAUUUAUUUCACUGCUUCAUUCGCUCCUUAUGUAUUUAUUGCACAAAAAAAACCUGAAGGAAAUUCCUCUAAACUUGCCCUGUUUGAUAAGUGGACAGAAAAUAAUAGGUCAAACAUUAAGUGAGUCAACACAGUGCAGCAGAUUGACAUAGUGCUUUAUUGAAGCUGUCUGUAAGAAGGAAAAUAAUGUGCAUCCCUAUCUUAUACAUCUUAUGUGUAAAAAUACUAAGGAUAUACAGAAUAAAAAAACAGCUCCAUGUUGAUGGUAAUGUUUUCUCAUCCUUGUGGCCUCUCAGGGCCAUACCACUGCAUCCUGACAGUAUGAAGGACAUAAAGGCUGUUUGAUUUACUCUGCUGUGGUUUCAAACAUCAUCUCUCAGAGCAGAGUGGUUCAGUGCUGCAGAGAAACGUGGCCCUUUCGUUUUCCAGAGGCGUCUCAUCACCAUUCAGCUACAGCAUAUAAUGGACAUGGCGUUGAAAUAUUUUUACAUGUUUGCUGUUUCUAAAUAAAUAAAUGAAUCUCA